AAUUCAAACCAUAAAUAUAAAAUUCCUCUUUUUCUGGAAGCCAAAGCAAAAUAGAAGGUGUGAAGUCGUCGUUAUUGCAGAAGCUCAGUCCUGGUUCGUUGCGUGUAUGAGUACUGUCGUCUUUUUGGUGCCACGCUCGACAAACUCUCCCCUUUAGGUGUAGGGUUUCUGAGGUGCCUUAAUUGAGACAAGGGGUGUUGAAUAUCGAAUGUACUUAGUCGAGGUUUCGUCAUCAGAGGGGUUAAUUUAAGGUUUUCGGAAGAGUUAGUUGUAUACGUUGUGCCCAAUGGCUACUUCGGAAGCUGUUCGACAAGUUAUGUCUGGGGCAUUACCUCGAUUUGGCUGUUUUAAUAUAUGUUUGAGAAAUAUAAAUGGAGUUGUUUCUGUUAAGUCUGGUUUGAAUAAUGCGCGGAAAAGAAGUUCAGUGAGUGCCCAAGUGUGUACAAAUGCGAGAGUUUCGUGGGACCGCAGGAGGAUAUGUGCGUUUCAGGGGAGAAAUGAUGUUUUUCAUGGAAAGAAUCAUGUUAGAAGGUUUGAUUCAAUGAGUUGCAAAUGUCAACAGGCAGAGAAUUUCAGAGGGGCAACCGCAGAAGAUCAGCACGGGGAAAUUUUUGUAGACGAAUCAGAUAAAGCAAUGCCAUUUCCUCCUAAUGGUGUAACUAGUCCUACUCCAGAUAAUUAUGAAUUCAAGGCGGAUCAACAACUGAAACAUGAAGAUGGAGGUUUUGGGUCAAAUAGCAAGGCGACUGCGGCUAGAAAAAUUAAAGGUUCUACACAGAAGUCGAAGGCCAAUUUGAUUGAGGAGGAAGCAUGGACCUUAAUAAAGAACUCCAUGGUCUAUUAUUGUAACAAUCCUAUUGGAACCAUUGCCUCUAAUGAUCCAAGCUCUCCUAGUACCCUUAAUUACGAUCAGGUCUUUAUUCGUGACUUCAUACCUUCUGGGAUAGCUUUCCUUUUAAAAGGGGAGUAUGAUAUUGUGCGGAACUUCAUUCUUUAUACCCUUCAGUUGCAGAGCUGGGAGAAAACCAUGGAUUGCUAUAGUCCUGGUCAAGGACUAAUGCCAGCCAGUUUUAAGGUUCGCACUGUUCCACUCGAAGGUGAUGAUUUUGCAACUGAAGAUGUAUUGGAUCCUGACUUUGGUGACUCUGCUAUUGGUCGAGUUGCCCCAGUUGACUCUGGGUUAUGGUGGAUUAUAUUGUUACGAGCUUAUGGAAAAUGCUCUGGAGAUGUUUCAGUGCAGGAAAGAGUUGAUGUGCAAACGGGGAUAAAAAUGAUUUUAAAGCUAUGUCUUGCUGAUGGUUUUGAUAUGUUUCCAACAUUAUUGGUUACAGAUGGUUCUUGCAUGAUAGAUCGCCGCAUGGGAAUUCAUGGCCAUCCUCUGGAGAUUCAGGCACUGUUUUAUUCAGCAUUACUUGGUGCGCGCGAGAUGCUUGCUCCAGAGGAAGCAUCAGCAGACCUUGCGCGAGCGCUUAACAACCGUCUGGUUGCAUUGUCCUUCCAUAUCAGGGAAUAUUACUGGAUUGAUUUGAAAAAACUGAAUGAAAUUUACCGAUACAUGACAGAGGAAUACUCGUAUGAUGCUGUUAAUAAGUUCAAUAUUUACCCAGAUCAGAUUCCGUCGUGGCUGAUGGGAUUCAUGCCCAGUACAGGCGGGUACUUGAUUGGAAACCUGCAGCCUGCGCACAUGGACUUUCGUUUCUUUUCUCUCGGAAACUUAUGGUCUAUUGUAAGUAGUCUUGCAACAGACGAGCAGUCGCAUGCUAUACUGGAUCUUAUUGAAUCAAAAUGGGAUGAAUUAGUAGCAGAGAUGCCGUUUAAAAUAUGUUACCCUGCUCUCGAAGGCCAGGAAUGGCAAAUCGUCGCAGGCAGCGAUCCCAAAAAUACUCCCUGGUCUUAUCACAAUGGAGGCUCGUGGCCAACGUUGCUCUGGCAGCUCACCGUGGCAUGCAUCAAGCUUAAUCGACCAGAAAUUGCAGCAAAGGCCGUCGAGGUUGCUGAGAAGCGCAUAUCUACUGACAAUUGGCCUGAAUAUUAUGACACCAAGCGAGCGAGGUUUAUCGGAAAGAAGGCACAGCUGUAUCAGACUUGGUCGGCUGCUGGAUAUCUUGUAGCGAAGCUCCUCCUUGCCGACCCAAGUGCAGCAAAGAAGCUUGUGAAUGAAGAGGAUUCGGAGCUUGUAAAUGCACUUUCGUGCAUGAUAAGCGCCAGUCCGAGAAGGAAACGCGGUUGGAAAAAACAGAUUUUAGUAUGAAGAAACGAAGAUCUGGCGGAGCAUUCAAGUCUCAAAUGUUUCCGAAUUAGUUCAUUUGCAGCGGAAGAAGCCAUGUCAGUAUCAUUGUACAUUUGCGUCAACAUACGGCUAAUGUAUUUAACAUAGCUAGUUUUAAUACUGUAAACAGUUGUAGACAUCACGAUAUUGUCUCCGAGUAAUACUCGAUAUACGCUUUUGUUUUAGAAGUUUUUAGAUAAAGAAUUUCCACAAGUAUAAAGAAGUACAACUACCACGAGUUGAAGGA